UGCCGGCGCGCAUGCGCGGUGACGGUGCGAUGGAGGAGCGGUGGGCUGGCGUCGGCGCCGCUUCGCCUCCGGAGGCCUUUUAAACACAAAAAGGGACGCGUCGUCGCAGCGCACUCUCAACCCGCGUCUUCCAGAAACAGGAUGGCUGUAAAUUGGAUUGGAAGCCUUGUUUCUAUUAACUGUGGAGAAACUCUUGGUGUAUAUCAGGGUAAAAUUUCUGCUGUGGAUCAGGCCAGGCAGACGAUAUCUUUGACACAGCCAUUCCGUAAUGGGGUGAAAUGUUCAGUUCCUGAGUUAACUUUUAGUGCAAUUGAUAUCAAGGAUCUAAAAAUAUUGGAGCUCCCGAAUUCACAUUUGACUACAGGCCUAGCUCAGUCUUCAGUGUUCACUUCUAGCAAUUUAUCUCACAUUGCUUACUCAUCUCAGAAUGGAGCUGGCAAAGGUGUAAAGAAACCCAAUUCUUCAGGAACAGCCCCACAAGCAAUUCCACGUCGUGCAGAGCUCAAGGUUCAGGAUCUGGUCACGUCACCACAGCAGUAUUCGAAAAGCUAUGUGGAUCGUCACAUGGAUUCUGCCCUCACACCAUCUAAAGCAUUUCGUCGAAGACAUAAUUCUUGGUCCUCCAGCAGCAAGAUUCCUAAUCAAGCUACGCCAAAGAAAAAUGGAGUGAAAAAUGGGCCAAUGAAAAAUAAAGAUGACGAAUGUUUUGGGGAUACAAUUGAAGUAAUCCUCGACACAGAUUUUGAUUUUGAAGGCAACCUAGCACUCUUUGACAAAGCGGCAGUGUUUGAGGAAAUAGAUACUUUCGAAAGGCGGAAUGGAACACGUUCCAGGGGGACUCCCAAUGAAAAGCCAACAAGAUAUCGCCAUGAUGAAAACAUCCUGGAAUCUGAGCCCAUUGUCUACAGACAAAUCACGGUGCCACAGCAUAGUGGUAGAGAAUAUUGCACUGAUUCGGGAUUAGUUGUCCCUAGUAUUUCAUAUGACUUGCACAAGAGGUUGCUGGCAGCUGCAGAACGACAUGGCCUAUCAUUGGAACGCAGACUGGAAAUGACUGGCGUGUGUGCCGGACAGAUGACACUAACACUGCUGGGUGGACCUAACAGGUUAAAUCCCAAGAACGUCCACCAACGACCUACAGUUGCGUUACUGUGUGGACCACACGUGAAGGGGGCUCAAGGAAUCAGCUGUGGGCGCCAUCUUGCCAAUCAUGAAGUGCAGAUUAUUUUGUUCUUGCCCAACUUUGUGAAGAUGCUGGAAUGCAUCACCACCGAACUUCAACUUUUUAGCAAGACGGACGGCAAGCAAGUGGCGAGUGUGAAAGACUUGCCAGACACUCCUGUUGACUUGGUGAUCAAUUGCCUUGACUGCCACGAGAACCCAUACCUUCGCGAGCAGCCGUGGUACAGAGCAGCCGUCGAAUGGGGCAACCAGAACCGGGCGCCAGUGCUAAGCAUCGACCCGCCCGUGGGUGAAUUGGAGCACGUCAUCGAUGCCAAGUGGUCUUUAGCUCUUGGCUUGCCUUUACCACUGGGAGAGAGUGCUGGGCGCCUGUAUCUGUGUGAUAUUGGGAUACCAAAGAAGGUUUUCCAGGAAGUGGGAAUCUCCUACCACUCGCCUUUUGGCUGCAAGUUUGUCAUACCUUUGCACUCUGCAUGAUCAUGGCUCGGUGCAGAAGAAGAGGAAUGUACAAACUGUAAAACACUGCGGUGACUGGCAGCGAGAAAAGUAUGGCGAAGAAUUUGAAGCCUUAAUGGACAACUGACUUGGGUUUAAAUGAUCUUUAUUGUAUAACGGAUUGUUUUUUGACGCAAGGAGAGCAGAGUGUCCUGUUGCAACUUGUGCAAUACCACAUUCCAGUAAGGGAUGGUUGUGCUCAAGGCGGUUAUUGCUUUGCAUUUUAGCCAUGUCCCUAUGCAAGUUACUGUGCUUUUACUCAGAAGGCUGCGCACAGUACUCUUCGUGACAUCUCUAAGUUCUUUAGCAGUGUUAGAAAGAGAACCAACAUGGGGUGUUGUUGAAUUGUCCCACGGCCCGUUGCUGUCGUGUGGAGAAUUUUCAUCUCAAACUUGAACAGGCUUAAUAACUGGGUAGUUAUUCAUAAAGGAGGACGAGACAUGGUGGCAUAGACUGUGUAGGAAAGAAACGUGGCAGAGACUGUUUACUUUGUACCAUUUUAGAAUAUUGUUGGAAUAUUGUGUCAGUAACGAACAGGCUGAUGGUUUGAAAUAAUUCUAAACCCUGUUUUACAAUGCAGCUAAAAUUGGCGGAAUACUGACUUUUCAUCCUGCACAAGGUAUCAAAACACAUGAAUUACCAUCUCUGGAAUGCAGGAAUGGCAUUAUCUUGCGUAGUGCAGACUGGAAAAUAACUCCAGUGAAAAUGCAAUUUUGAAGGAACGAAAUAGAUGCAUGAUUCUUUUUCGGACUUAAAUUGGAUGAAUUUUUUUCAACAGUAGUUCUAGUUUCAAACAUUCCCAGUCUUCAGGUGCCAUUUUGAAUGGAGUACCAGCUCCAUUUCUCUAGUGGUCGAAUUUUAAAUCUAUCUGAUAUGAGAUGGCUUUAAGAAUAAUGGGUAGGUAUAGUAAAACUAAUCUGAACAAGGAUUUUGAGUGGGAUCCAAUGUUCAAGAUAAUCCUUUACUGUGAGCUAUCGGAUAUCAGUUUAAUGAUUGUGUGACUUUUGAGGGAAGGAUAAGGGUUUAGUUUUGUUUGCCAGCUUAGUUACUGGUAAGUACAGAGUGUUUCUGCACAGUUAUAAUGGGGGAAGGGGACAGCACGGAAUUAGUUUGGUGGGCAUUAUUGUAAUAAAACAAGUCCUUUCAGCAAGGAAAAGGCCAAAUGCCCAUCAAAUGCAGCUGAUAUGAGGAAACGCAAAGGUGAGGCUGUUUUCAAAGUUAGGCAGAGUUGCAAAAUAUAGCAGAGCCUGGAGUCUAGCUCAAAAUAUAUACAAAAAACUGAAGCCAGCAGUAUAAACAGACCUUCUUUGUGCCCAUAAUCUAAUGAAAUAUUUAAUGUAACUUUGUUAUGGUUAGAUUAACAGAGAAUUGUGGUAUAUGGAUGAAGAUUUAAAAAGGUA